AUGCCUCUCACCGAAUUCAACUACCUCUUUGCUAUAGGCACCAUAUUUGCGGCGCUCGAUGCGUGGAACAUAGGUGCCAAUGAUGUUGCCAACUCCUGGGCGACGUCGGUCGCCUCACAGUCCGUUACCUAUCUCCAGGCCAUGGUUCUGGCCUCUGUCAUGGAGUUUGCCGGUUCCGUUGGCGUUGGCGCCCGUGUUGCCGACACCAUCCGCACCAAGAUUGUCGAUACCACGCUCUUCGUCAAUGACCCCGCGAUGCUCAUGCUUGGCAUGGUCUGCGCCGUCGUCGCUUCGUCAUGCUAUCUCACCUUCGCAACCAAGAUGGGAAUGCCCGUGUCCACUACCCACUCCAUCAUGGGCGGUGUGAUCGGAAUGGGUAUUGCUUCUGUUGGCGCUGACGGCAUUCAAUGGGUUGGCAAGGGCGGCGGUACCGGUCGGAUCAACUCCGGUGUCAUUCAGGUCUUCCUGGCCUGGAUUAUCGCCCCUGGCCUCGCAGGUUGCUUCGCUUCCAUCAUCUUCCUUAUUACCAAGUACUUCGUCAUGCUCCGGAAGAACCCCGUUCGUAACGCGCUCGUUCUCGUUCCGAUCUACUUCGCCGUCACGGCUUCGCUGCUCACUAUGCUCUUGCUCUGGAAGGGUGGCAGUUAUAAAAUCGACUUGACAGAUGCCCAGGUCGCUGGUACUAUCGUUGGCGUCGGUGCUGGCUUCGGUAUCUUGGUCGCUUGCACCCUCAUGCCCUGGCUGUACCGCGUUGUCAUCUGCGAUGAUUGGCAGCUCCGCUGGUGGCAUAUCCCCCUGGGUCCCCUCCUUCUGCGUCGCGGUGAAGUCCCUCCUCCCCCUGAAGGAGUCAGCCCUGUAGUCAAGAAUUACUACGAGGGUCGUCUCACCAAGGAGGAGCUCGAGGCUCGCCGGGCUGCUGCUCGUGGCGAUGUCGAGGCUUCCGCCGCCAACGGCGGCAGCGACAGCGUGGAGCAGAAGCUCAAUGGCGCUUCGUCUUCCAAUGACAUCGCUACUGAGCCAGCUGUCCCAGUGCCGCAGCGCAAGAGCCUCGUUGGGCCCAAGCCCGACGGCAAGUGGUACGAGAGCAAGGUCCUCUUCUGGUACUUCAAGUGGCUGCUUCUGCGUGGUGUUGACAAGGAUGUCGUAAACGCUACGAGCACCAACAGCGCGCUCGCCCGGAACCUCGAGGAAGUACAUGCUUAUGCCGCCCACUAUGACAACAAGGCCGAGUACAUGUACAGCUUUCUGCAGAUCAUGACUGCUGCUACGGCUUCCUUUACUCACGGUGCCAACGAUAUUGCCAACGCUAUCGGCCCUUAUGCUACUGUCUUCCAGAUCUGGAACCAGGGUCUGGUCCCUGCCAGCGGCAAAUCCCAGGUGCCGACUUGGAUCUUGGUCUUUGGUGGCUGUUGCUUGGUUCUCGGUGUCUGGACCUAUGGCUACCACAUCAUGCGCAACCUUGGCAACCGCCUGACCCUUCAGUCCCCCUCUCGUGGUUUCUCUAUGGAGCUUGGCGCUGCCAUCACCGUCAUCCUGGCCACCCGGCUGAAACUCCCUGUUUCCACAACCCAGUGCAUCACAGGCGCCACCGUCGGUGUCGGUCUCUGCUCAGGUACCUGGCGCACCGUCAACUGGCGCAUGGUUGCCUGGAUUUAUCUGGGCUGGAUCAUCACCCUGCCCAUGACAGGAAUUAUCUCAGGUUGCUUGAUGGGCAUCAUCAUCAAUGCCCCUAGGUGGGGUUAUUCGGGUUAA